CGUUUCUCUAAGACUCGUUCCAGGAAGACACGGGAUCGGGUGAAGGGAACGAAACUCUGGGGGUGCAAGAAGGGACAAUGCACGGAACCAACGACAAGAUUGGCGACCAUGAAUGCUGACGUCACUGGUCAACAAGAUUAACAUUUAUUUAUGGCCAAAUUCACUUGCAUAGCCAAAACUUUGACGAUUGUGACAAAUAUAGCCAAUUUUGGAGAAAUACCAUAAAUAGCCAGAUUUUUGAAAGUUCGAUGACAAAUAUAGCCAUUUCCGUUACAUAAUUUGACGGCGUCAAUGGCACCGUUAGUCUAUUUAACGGACAGUUGAUGUGGCUGCCACCUCAUCGUGUCUUUCCUUCCCACCUCAGCAUCCAUUGACAGGUGGGAUGCCACGUCACAUUAAAAUUUUAAUUUUUUAACAAAUUAUUUUUUAAAAUUUUUUAUUUCAUAUUCUUUCCCCUGACUUCAUCUUCACCAACAAAACCUCUCUCCCACUCCUCUGUCUUUUUCUCCCCUCUGGUCCAACCUCUCUCUCUAUCUAUCUCACCCUUUCAUUCACCCAAGCCCUCUAACCAUCAUCUUCAACCUCCGACCAGUAAAUCCAGAAAAUGAUGCCUCCUCAAAAUGACCCAAUUCAAAACCUGGAAUCCAACCCUAGGAUCUCACCGAUAAAAUCGAUUCCACUCUGGGUCCUCUCUCGGCUCUACCCAUCUUCUUCCUCUGUCUCAGACACCGAUAAAAUUAAUGUCUUCCACGCCUUCAUCUACCUUUUCCUUCUUUCCAGCUUCGCAAGAAUCGAUCUCAAUCUUCUCCCUGAAACCCUCCACCUUCUUCCUUUUCUCUUCUUUCCACAAGAUGUACAUCCAAUCUUCUCAUCGAAACUCCUCCGCCAUCACUCCAGAUCGACGACAACACUCAUCGACGAACACACCCAUCCAGCCGAUCCACCCCUCCAUCGAGUCACCCCUCAAUCCAGUCCGGCUCGUCUCCCCGAUUCACUCCUCCAUCUCCGUUCCGACUUCGACAAAGGCAACCAUGCAUCAUCUUGCUGUCGGCAAAGACAACCGCUCAUCCUCUUCUCUCCUCUUCUCGCUCUGGCACGGCAUGGCGGCUUCUGACGAUGCUGGUCUGUGGGAGAGUUAGGGAUUUAUGGAUUUUGGGAUUUGGGUCGCUUGAUCUGCCAUCUGGGUCGCACCACUAAGAACGACGACAUCUUUGGGGCUUCUUGGCUUUAUCAUCGUCUCCUCUGUCUCAGACUCACAGAUCGAGGAAGGAAGGCCGAUCUGGAGAGUUAGGGAUUUAUGGGUUUUUGGAUAUUUGAUUGUGUGAUUUUGGGGGUUUGAUCUGAAAAUGGUAGGAAGAGAUGGCGACGAUUUUGUUUCUGAAUUUUUUGGGUUUAUGUUUUCUGGGCAUAAAAGAGGCGGUCAAGAUUUGAGGCAAAAACUACUUUUCACGGCAGCUGCCAAUAGUGGGGGUCGGGGGAGGUCGUCGGGAGAGAAGAAGGAGAGAACGAAGAGUGAUGAGGGGACUAGGGUUGAGCACUUAAUUGUUUGUUUAAGAUGAACAGGCGGUGGUGGUGGGGAGAAAGACAUUUAUUUUUUUAUUGUUUUUAUGAUUUUUUAAAUUUAAUUUGAUAAAAAAUAGAAGUAUAAAAUUUUAAUUAUUUUCCACCUAACAUUAUAUUUUAAUAAAAUAUGCCACGUCAACCACUGAUGUUAGUCUAGUCAGCACGCUAACUAACACCGUCAAACAAUUAGACGGAAGUGGCUAUUUUUGGUAUUUUGUCAAAAGUGGCUAUAUUUGGCAAAACCGUCAAACUUUUGGCUAUACAAGUGUAUUUGAUCCAAUCAACAGUAUAAUUUAUAGCUGAAAAGUAAAACUGCAACCACCAUUCAAAAUUUCCUGCCCAUAGAGUGAUUUUAGGAAGCUAAUGUGGCAGAGUGUUAAGCGGAAAAAAAAAAAAGGAGUCCCGCCUGAUUUCAGAACCAAAAAACUCUCCACUAACCACUUUUUUCUCCUUCCAAGCCCAUGUUCUCAUUUAAUUUGUAUAAAAAACUCUCUACUACCCACUUUUUUCUCCUUCCAGGCCCACGUUCUCAUUUAAUUUGUAUUCAUUUGUAUUUUUUAUUUUCGAUUUCCCUUCCUUCCACUCUUUCACCUCAUUCGAAUAAGUUUCUUGGCCUUCAGAAAACCAAACCUGACUCAAUCAUCUGGUUCUUUUAUGUGCUUGCAUCUACCUUUGAUUUCCGUUCUCUAAGCGUUAGAUCGGUAUUGGUUUUGCCGUAAGUUAUUCUUCCUCUUUCAGAUUUCUGUUUGUUGUUGUCGCUGCUUUUAAGUUUUAGGGAUUCGGGUUCUGGGUUUUUUUUUCCAGGAAUUCGGUUGCAAAGAUUCAUUCCCUUACCUUUGGUUCAUUCCGUUUUCUUUAUUCUCUCUUACCUUCCUCACUUCAUUCUGUUGAUUGGAUUCUCUAGAGAUCAAAAGGGGAUUUUUAAUUUUUCCCUUUCUCUUGAAAGUAACAAAGCUGCUUACUUUAAAUUCCACUUCGCUUAGACUGUCUUCCAGAGAGCAGCCGACUGCCGAUUUUGAGCUGAGUUUUUCCGGGCCGCAGAGAAAGAAGAGGAAAGAAAGAGACGUUCGGCGGCGGCAGCCAGGUACUUCGUCCGGGUCGUUUUCCGGGUCAGUAAACCGAAGGGCCGGCUAUAAACUACCGCUGGCCUGGCGGGGGAAAAGGAAAGCGUAAACCAUAAGGCCUCGGGGAUCCAUUUCUCUCGCCAGCCCAUACUUCAGAGGCCCAGCCUACUUGAGUCCAGAACCAGCCCAUCGCCGACGAAAUUUGGCGCGCCGUCCCCCACCCGCCACCACGUAUGAGACAUAAUCAAUUUACUUUCUGAUGUUAACUAUGUUGCAGGUAAAUGUCGAAAUCCAACUUGAUCAGUAAGGUUUUCUCUCAUAUGUUUCUAGGUUAAUUAAUCUAAUGGGACUGG